AUGGACGCGAAGAAAAUAAGAAAGAAGAAUGAGGAAUCAUCUUCGCCGAUAUUGCUGGGAAAAAAGAGAAAAGUUCCUCCUCCAAAGGCUGAAAAAUUGAUUGAGUUUCAUGUGGAUGUUGUUAAAGAAACUUGUGCUAAAUCAAUGGGUUCUAGAGUAAGUUGUAUGCUAGCUGUGAAUGUUUCAGCUGUAAUAUGUUUAGGAUAUCCCCUUAAGGGCACGAAAGGUGCGAUAAGAGAUGAUACCUUGUUGGAAAUGGGAGCUCCUGUGAUGUUUGUGCAGGGUAGCAAAGAUCCUAUGUGUCCUUUGGAUAAGCUCGAAGCUGUUUGCAACAAAAUGAAAGCUAUUACUGAGAUUCAUGUGAUUGAUGGUGGAGAUCACUCUUUCAAGAUCAAGAAGAAACACCUCAAAACGAAGGAGUUUAACACAAGAUGA